AUGUUUUUCACUGCAGAUGAUGACACUUUCGAUUCUAUGGCGGCAGCACAAAACGGCCACGUGGAAGUGAUACGCGCUCUAGUGGAGGCGGGCGCUGAAGCGGAUGCGGAAGACCGGGACGGCGACCGCGCGGCUCACCAUGCGGCGUUUGGUGAUGAGCCGGCCGCGCUAAGAGCGCUGGCGACCGCGGGCGCGGACCUCAAUGCGCGCAACCGCCGCCGUCAGACGCCCCUACAUAUCGCCGUCAACAAGGGCCACCUCGGCGUCGUGCGUACGCUGCUCCAACUUGCAGUGCAUCCCAGUCUUCAGGUAGGUUACAGUUUUUUAGCAAGGGAAAGAAGAAGAAACACCACUGUCGUUUCGUUUACGAAAAUAAUCCGAUUAUUAUCAGAAUUUGGUAUCGACGUAACAUAA